AUGCAAGUAAAAACAAAUUAUAUAUCAUGUGCGUUAAAUCGUGGGCCUCACGCAAUAGAUUGGUGCCGAAAUAAUAACAUUAUUUGUUACGCGAGUUUCAAUUCCGUCGUAAUAUACGAUCUAGAUUAUUUAGAAACUGGCCGAGUAAUUGACAAACUUGAAAAGCAUGAGAGUCGAGUUAAAGUAGUUAAUUGGAUCUGUAAAAAUAAUAGUGAUGAUUGCUCAGCACCUAAAAUUUUAUCAGCUUCAGAGGAUGGUACAAUUAUAAUCUGGGAUAUGAAUCUGUCACAAAAGAUUAUAAGCCAAGUAUUAUUUAUUUUGGAAACAGCACAUGCAGCUUAUUGUCCUAAUCCUAAUUCCUCAACAAGUAAGAAUAAUGAUAGUUUAUUGAUAACUGGAUCAUCAUGUAACUGCGAGUUUAAAAUAUAUGAAAUACUUAUUGACCAGAAAUUGGAUUUAAAAAAAAAAUUAGUAAGUGAAAUAAAAAUAUCAUCAUUUCCAGGUGACAAGCCAAUUCCAGUGAUAAUAAUUUGUCUUGAAAAAGUAACAAUUGAUCUUUACACUUGUAAUUCCAGCUGGCUGAAUAAAAAUAGCCCAGAAUUAAAUUUCAAUCAUACAAUUGAGUUACACGGCCCUCAAGACUGGAUUAAAUUAACUUUUAUGGCCAGUGGUUCUCGAGACGGCACCAUAAGACUCUGGAAAAUCUCAUCAAUCCCUCCAGAAGCUGUUGAUGAUGAGCAACCGUAUCAAUUCAAGCCUGACAAUAAAAAUCAUUUGAAGCUAUACUCUCAAGCGGGUCGAACCAAACAAUUAUCAUUUUGGAGCCGAGUCCCAGUGGUGUUUGGAUUGAAACAGUUAAACUGGGCAAAGUCAGUGGUUUUUACGGAUGCAAAUUUAACUCUGACGGAUCUUCAGAGUACUAGCCCAGGGUUACGAAGGUACCAUCCAUCUGUGGAGAUACAAUAUGAUGCUCUUCCCAAAUCAUGCUCUUCCCAUUAG